AUGACAGCUAAAGGCUUCCAUAGACGGUUGGAACCUAUGCUAGUUCCUGCAUUUGACGCAGUCUGUGACAUUGUAUUUCGCAGUGAGGUUCUCGCGAUGUCCAAGCUUGUCGUUGUCCGCAUGGGUCGGUCCGGAGCGGUACUUGGUAUUAAUGAAGGUCAAAAUGUAACUGGAAUGACUUGGAGUCUCCAGCAGAAUUCAACUCCGUUCCCUGCAGAAACCGGGGAAAUGCCCCAGUGA